AUGAGGGUCCAGGCCACCCUUGCAGGCUGGGCUUGUACCACCCUCUGCCUGGCUUCCUGCUCAGCUGCCUUUUCCCACGGUGCCAGCGUGGUGACCUGUGAGGACAUGCAGCCCAAACACAUUGGAGCCCAGCCUCAGCACCACAGGAGCCACCGCAUCACCAUCCAGACCAGCAUCUCUUCCUACUCACCAGGUGACAAGAUUCCAGUGACUGUGAGCAGCCGUCGUGAUUUCAUGGGAUUUCUACUUCAGGCUCGGAGAGUGUCCGAUCGUCAAAUAGCUGGCACUUUUGUUUUCAUUCCUCCUCAUUCCAAACCGAUGACCUGUCUUGAAGAGGCUGAUGCGGUCACCCACUCUGACAAAUCCCCGAAGAGAAAGCUCUCAUUUGUGUGGAAGGCCCCUGCGCAGCCUGUGGGGGACGUCCACUUCCUUUUAUCAGUAGUCCAGUCAUAUUUCGUUUACUGGGCAAGGAUUGAAUCAUCUGUUGUGUCUCAACAGACACACAGUAGAGCCCAUUCUGACAACCACGUGGAGGCUGGAUUACUGAUGCCAACCCCUCAGCAGAGGCCAGGUGAUUUUGAAGGAACUGCCCCAGCUCCCCAUGCACUCAUCACUCCUCUGCAGCAGCGCACAGAUGUCUUUGCUGUUGCCCUUACUGGAGAUGCAGAAGAGGACAACCUGGAUCCUGUUCCUGACAGUAUUUGGGUGACAGAGUUUCCCGGGGAUGCAAAGACUCUGUCCCAACCGUCUUCCCACACAGCUACUACAGGCAGUGAUGGCUGGCGACCCAGCCAGGACAGCACCCCAACCCUAGAACCAUCCCUGGAUGCCCGUGGACUGGAGAGGCUUGUGGCUCUUAGGAGAUUCUCUUCAGAGGGCUUUGCUUCCAGCCCUAGCAUCCAUGAUAGGACUCAUGAUGAACCAAGCUUUGAUUCAUUGGAAACUUGCCUGUCCUCAGACAGGGAUGAACAGGACAAGACAGAGACCUCUAACAGGACCGUGAUAAGGCCUCCUCUGUUCACCGUCCAUCUUACCCAUGCUCAACACCACUGGGCCUCUGAAGCACUCACUGGGAGUGGGGCUGGGGCAGCCAACCCAACCCCUGUCUUCCAUGCCUUGGGCAUUUCCAGGCCACCUGCUCCUGCUGGCCAGUCAGAAGCAUCAAGGCCGUCUGCCAGCUUCUUACCUCAGUCAAAGCACAAGGAGUCCAGAGCGGGGAAAGGAAAUGGAGAGGGUGGAGUGGGACACCCCAGGAAGACCAACACAAGGCCUGAAAUUGGGCAGGAGGGAGGCAGUGCCCCUUUGGGGAUCCAGCUCAGGGCUCCCCAGCUGGGAAUCCUGCUUUGCCUGUCAGCCACCCUGGGCAUGGCCCUGGCUGCUGGCCUUCACUACCUGCACACUCAGUAUUGUCACAUGCGGACCGAAGUGUCCUUCAGUGAGCCUGCUGCAGAUGCUGUUGCCAGGAGCGACAGUGGUGAGACCGUGCAUGUCAGGAAGACUGGGGAGAGCAGUUUUGUUUUGGUUCAAGCAGAAUGCAACUGGAUCACUCCUUCUGUGGGUAGCAAGAAAACAGUCCUGUGA